GGGUUUCGACCUUUGUCCAACUCCAACGGCGGCGCCCUACCAAGUCUCGUGCUACCAAGCCACGGCUCCGAUCAACGGACUCCGGCCUGCGACUACCUAACUAACCUAACAAGCAAUCCGUAGCGUGUGUGGGGGCAAAGCGAGCAAGAUGGGUGAUUCCUUGGCGCCCAAAUCUUGUCCGGAGCUGCGCGCCGCCGAACCGGUGAGCGCUUCUGUUCAUUCGAUCCCCGUUCAUGUUGUUUAUAAACUCGACGGGCAGACGCAGCUCCUCUCUUCAUUCUUUUCUCACCAUUCUAGUUUACUUGGGGCUCUGGGACGGCGCUCGAGAUCUUUGCAACGCGCGAAGACAAAUUAUCAUUCAAGUCCUAUCGUUGCAGAGGGCACGGAGUGAAGCUUGGAGACGAACUUCCCCCCAUCCUCCCCGUCCGUGUUCCGGCCCACCACCGGCCCCAACACACCGACCAACGGACUUGAGGCAGACAUGUCUCAAACCCUCACCGAGCCGCCGCCGGCCGCCGCGCCUGGGGCCUUUGAGCUCCGUCGCAUCGCCUCGUCCGGCUCCCGAGCCUCCGGCCGCGUGGUUGGAUCCGCCGGCCACGGCGACACCAAGGCGAGCCCCGAGGCCGCCGCCGGCCAACGACAUGAAGAUCAAGAAGCGUCAGACGAUGGCGGCGCGCCGCCCCCGGACGCCUACGGGGUCGUCGAGCGGUGGAACUGGCCGCGGUCUAACCUUGCCAAGCUGGCGUUUUCGCUCGUGUCGUUUACGCUCGCCGGGAUGAACGACGCUGCCGUCGGUGCCCUGAUCCCAUACCUCGAAGAAUACUACGACCUCAGCUACACCGUCGUCUCGCUCAUCUUCCUCACCCCCUUCGUCGGCUACUCCACCGCCGCCUCCACCAAUGCCCGCAUCCACGUCGCCCUCGGCCGGCGCGGCGUCGCUGUCAUGGCUCCCCUGUGCCACAUCCUGACCUACGCCAUCCUCGCCGCCCACCCGCCAUACCCCGUGCUCGUCGUCGCCAACGCCAUCAGCGGCUUCGGCAACGGCCUGACCGAUGCCUGCUUCUGCGCCUGGGUCGGCGCCAUGGACAAGGCCAACGCCAUCCAGGGCUUCCUGCACGCUUCCUACUCUCUCGGCGCCCUGUUCGCGCCGCUCAUCGCCACCUCCAUGGUGGUCAAGGCCGAGCUGCCGUGGUACACCUUUUACUAUGUCUUGAUUGGCAUGGGCGUCGUCGAGUUUGCGGGCCUGACGCUGAGCUUUUGGCGCGACACGGGCGCCGUGUAUCGCGCGCAGCACGCCCAGGAGAACGAGACAGGAAGCGGAGCGGGCACUCGCGAGGCCAUCAAGUCCAAGGUGACCUGGCUCUGCGCCCUCUUCUUUUUUGCUUACAUGGGUGUUGAGGUCGGCCUCGGCGGCUGGAUCGUCACGUUCAUGCUGCGCGUGCGCCACGCCACGCCGUACGCGUCCGGCAUUUCGGGGUCCGGCUUCUGGGCGGGCAUGGCGGUCGGCCGCGCGGGCUUGGGCUUUGUGACGGAGCGCUACGGCGAGCGCCUCUGCCUGAGCAUAUACCUGGUCGUGUGCGUCGCGCUCCAGCUGCUCUUCUGGCUGGUGCCGUCGUUUGUCGUGUCAGCCGUCGCGGCGGCCUUCCUGGGCUUCUUCCUGGGGCCCAUGUUCCCGGGGGCCGUCAUGGUCACGGCCAAGCUGCUGCCGAAACGCAUCCAUGUGAGCGCGAUUGGUUUCGCCAUGGCCAUGGGCGGGACGGGGGGUACCGUGUUCCCGUUCAUCAUCGGCGCCAUUGCGGCCAAGAAGGGCGUCGCCGUGCUGCAGCCCGUGGUGCUGGCGCUCAUCGUCCUGGUUGCGGCCGUGUGGUUGAGCUUCCCUCGGAUCAAGAAGCGGGACUGAGGCGGGAGACUAAUGAGCACUGCGCUCUCUCGAAUUCAUUUCCGUCAUAUCGAACGAAACGCGGUCCGGUGCUCGGCCGGGGACCGCUCAGGGCCUACUUCGUACGCGUGGUCGUAUUCCAUACAUGUACUUCGUAGCGUCGUGCGUAUACUCGUCCAGGUUGGGUAGUAUCGGGACGACAAUGGGUGUGGUAACGUUUACGCAAGAUCUGUGAAAAGAUUGGGACGAUAGAUGAUCGCAAUGCAGUCCGAUUAUGGCACUGGUGGCCGGCUGAUGUUGUAUUUUGAAGCGCACCAGACGUCGAUAUCACUUCGAUGGAGACGCCAAAUAUUUGUCGAGAAUCACCGAUUUGAUGGGCUC